AUGAAUGGCAGCAGUCGUAUGAGGGCCCAGUUUUCACGCGCGUUUCCCCCGAUCUUCUUUCGAAGGCCUGUCCUCGCCUCUGUUAGUCGUACACCUGCAGUAACCAAGCCUGUGGGAAUAGAAACCUCAGCUGAAGUAAAACCCGAAACCUGGCCUCUUUUUAAAGUGUCUACGGUCUGUUUGGGGCUGCUCUGUUUACUCCUCCUGACCGCAGUCCUCGCUGUCAGCGUGCUAUACGACAGAGACUUUUAUCAACUAUCCAGAGACCUGGCCAAUCAGACAGCAGAGAAGCACCAACUCCUGAUCCAGAACCAGAACCUGACUGAUGAGAGAGAGAGUGCAAAGCUUCAGCUCAACAACCCGAUGAAGACAGUUGGAGCAGACCUGGUGAUCACAAACAGCCAGAGAGAGAUGAUGUUUUUGAAUAAGUUUGGAGCUAAUCUGAAGUUUUGGAUUGGUUUAAAUCAGGCAUCAAGCAAAAGUAACUGGAAGUGGACUGAUGGGUCAUCACUUAAAACUGGAGAUGUGCAGCUUUUAACAGCUUUACAAGAAGUUGGGGGAAUAUUAGGUCAUGGGCUGUUGAGUCAUGUAAUCAAUACCUGCAGUCAGUCUGUGAGAAGGAAGCUGACAUGUCUGGUCUGUUAUGGUAAAUUCAUCAGACACUUCUAUAAUAAAUAUGUUAGUAAUAGUUAUUUUUCACACACAUAAACUGUUUCUGUUAGAUCGUGCUGCUGCCACUGAUGAUGAUUCAUUGUUCUUCCAAAUGAGCAAUAGGAGCAACGUUUAAUGUUCACAUGAAAAAUCAAAGGCUCAGUAUUUGCACUGACAAGCUGCUUUGUCAUUUUCUCUUACUAGUGUCCAGACUCCUUAAAUCCCCACAUAGUGGUGACGUGUGUGAAUGUGUAUAAGCUAUUGCCACAUAUAAUAUCCAAGAUUAAUACAGCAAUCAUGUAUCCAUUUCAGACUAUAUGUAAGCACAAACUUUUAAAAAAUUCCAUCAGAUUCAAAAUAUAAAACAUUUCACUUUACACAGGACAUUGCUCUUAAUGUCUUCCUCUCCAUCAGGGGAGGAGGAGACUGGCAACUGGCGUCAAAAAGCAACUACGCCUCCCCUCUGGUCAGCUUUUGCUAAGGGAGGAGGAGUGUAGCGUUUCUGUAUCUGCGUUCAUCAUCACACAGUCCCCUCCAUCCUGUGCACAGUCUAUCACGAGUUCAGUCCUCCUCACCCUCCACUGUUUGCAUUUUAAUAAACAGGUUCAGUAACCAA